CUGUUGUUUCUUUCUCUUAAAACCCUCUCAAACAUCCUUCUCAUUCCUCACGCUUGUCCUUCGCUCCUUUUCAUGCUUAACGCGCGUUUGGCUCCUCUCUCUCUCUCUUUCUCUCUCUCUCACCAAACCAAACCACAUUGUUCUUAGCUUUCUGGUUAGCUUAACCUCGACGCGAUUCAGCAGUUGUUUCUGUUCUGUCUCCGUGUCUCUACGUCUUUUUUGUGCCAGUGAGUGUGUGUGUGUGUUUUUUUUUUUUUUUUGGUUUUGCUGCGAGUGACCAAGUGAUGGGUUUCGAGUGCAAAAUGCGUUCUUUCUCUUAGAGCUCGUCGCCCUCUGAGAUUUUGUUCCUGGGUUUUUUCUUCGUUCUGAGUCCGACAUUCUCCUCUGUUUUAGCUGCAAAUUUUACUAGGUGGUCGUCGUUUUCGCUUGCAUGUCGUUUUUCUUGUCUUGAUUUGAAGCAAAAGGCUUGAUUUUUCGAGUUGGUUUCAGUGUUUUUUGGGUUUUUUUUCCUUCUGAAUUCAGGAUUCUCAUAUCUGAGAAGGACCCAAUGCGUUUCCUAGAAUUAUGAUUCUUUGGGCAGUUUUUCUCUUUUGAGGUUGUUUUUUUUCAGAGUUGUUUUCUGAAUUCAUAAUUUGGUUGCUUUCAAAGGGGAUUGAAAGAUUGGUUUUUUGGUGAAAUCUCAUAUUUUUUUCACAAACGGGGGGAUUAAUCUUGAGUUUUGACAACAUGGAAUUGGGUCCUGAUGCUUUUGUUGGAGCUAAGAAUGUCGGAAAAUCGAAGGGAAAGGAAAAGAAAGAUGACGAAGAUGAAGUGACAGGGUGUUGGAUGAAGUUAAGGUUCAUGGGGAGGUGCAUGUCUCCAAAGACCAAACUGAAUAGUUCUGCAAGUGGAACUAGCUCACCAGAUGCAGAAAGUAAAGGUACAAAUGAAUCGAUCAAAGACCAGCCUGGUGCUCCAGUUCCUUCGUCUGCAACCACCAGUAACACAGGAAGUACUGUGCCUACUCCUAAGGCAGCUGAGGAACUGAAAGUUGCUUCCCAGCUACGAAAGUUCACCUUUGAUGAGCUUAAGUCUGUAACAAAGAAUUUUAGACCUGUGAAUCUUCUGGGCGAGGGUGGAUUUGGUUGUGUAUUUAAAGGCUGGAUUGACGAACAUGGAACUGCUCCAGUAAAACCUGGAGCUGGGCUUGCAGUUGCCGUAAAGACUCUGAACCAUGAUGGACUUCAAGGUCAUAAAGAAUGGCUGGCUGAAGUUAAUUAUCUUGGCGACCUACUUCAUCCUAAUUUGGUCAAACUAUAUGGUUAUUGCAUUGAGGAUGAUCAAAGGUUACUUGUAUAUGAGUUUAUGCCUCGGGGAAGCUUGGAGAAUCACCUCUUUAGAAAGUCCUGGCCACUCCCUUGGCCUAUCCGGAUGAAAAUAGCUCUUGGUGCUGCAAAGGGUCUUACCUUUCUUCAUGAGGAAGCCGAAAGGCCAGUGAUUUAUCGAGAUUUCAAAACAUCUAAUAUAUUGUUGGAUGCGGACUACACUGCCAAGCUUUCUGAUUUUGGGCUCGCCAAAGAUGCUCCAGAGGGAGACAAAACUCACGUCUCCACCCGAGUUAUGGGCACUUACGGUUAUGCAGCCCCUGAGUAUGUAAUGACAGGACACCUCACUUCAAAAAGUGAUGUGUAUAGCUUCGGGGUGGUUCUGCUUGAAAUGUUGGUUGGUAAAAGAUCUAUGGACAAAAACCGACCCAAAGGGGAGCAUAACUUGGUUGAGUGGGCACACCCGCAUCUGAGAGACAGGCGAAGGUUCUAUCGUCUAGUAGAUCCUCGAAUUGAAGGCCGCUUCUCUAUCAAAGGUGCUCAGAAGGCAUUUCAUUUGGCUGCCCGUUGCCUUAGCCGUGACCCCAAGGCUAGACCUCUGAUGAGCGAAGUUGUUGAAGUGCUGAAGCCUCUUCCCGAUCUCAAAGACAUGGCCUGCUCCUCAUCUUACUACCAAGCCUUACAAGCUCCUGGGUCCAAUCCAAUUUCUCGAAAUGGCAGUAGAGGGCUGGCCGGGGUUUCAAGGAAUGGACAACCAACUAGAACCCGAUCCAUGCCAAAUGGUCCGCAUGCCUCACCCUAUCACCUAAACCAUCUUAACCGAUCACCCAGACCUAUUGCGCAAUCUGCACAAUCAUAAGGUUGAGCUCCCGUUAGAUUUCCGUUUUGUUUCCUUUCGUCAGAAGUUAUCGUUCAAGGGAUAGGACAGAGAGUGAGAAAAGAACAGACCUCAGCUGUUUUAUCGAGUCGAAUGUCAGUGUGUUCUUCGGAGAGUCGAGUUUAUAGGGUUUUGUCAUCAAGCUUAACUUGUAUGGCUAGACAUAGAUAUUGAGCAUAGAAAUUUACCAAAGGAACAUUUAAACUAGCCAAAGAAAAGAAUCUUAAAGAUGCUUGUUGUAUGUGCAGUGAAAAAGGUUUCAUGUUU